UGCCCUCAAAGCCGCUUUCUGUUUUUUUCGUCUUUUUUUUUAAUUUAUUUUUCUCGAUUGAGAAGAAGAAAACCAAGAAAUCUUCCCUUGCCCUUCUCUUAUUCUGCAUCAAGUUUUAAUUUUUAACCUUUGUGUUGGUGUUUUAUUAUCUGGGUUCUUCUCAGUUUUGGGUGCAAUGGUCCCUGUUUCCAGAACUGAAGGUGGCGCUGGCACACAAAUACUAUCUGCUAGAGUGCGCAAAACCAUACAAUCCAUCAAGGAAAUCGUAGGGAAUCAUUCUGAUGCUGAUAUCUAUGUAGCCCUUAAGGAAACAAACAUGGAUCCUAACGAAACCACUCAGAAAUUGCUCAACCAAGAUCCAUUCCAUGAGGUGAGGAGAAGGAGAGACCGAAAGAAGGAGCCUCAGAAUAUUGGGAACAAGGGUUCUGACCCAAGGAGGCAUUCUGAGAAUGUUGGUCAAGGAAUGAAAUCUCAUAUCCCAUCUGAACGUAAUGUUCUUCGAAGAACAAACUAUUCUCGGAACACUUUACCUGGUAUCAGCAGAGAGUUCCGUGUUGUCAGAGACAACAGAGUAAAUCAUAUCUAUAAAGAAGUAAAGCCUCCUUCAUUGCAACACUCAACAUCCUCCAAUGAGCAAUUACUUGUAAACACAUCUGAAAAGGGCUCAUCAGCAGCUUCCACCAAUCAAAGGUCAUCUGGUGCUAGGAAUUCAUCUCAUGCUCUAAAUGGUCCUUCUGAUUCACAUGCUAGAUACUCAAAAGAUGUUGUCUCAAAUGUCAGUGACAGAAAACUUACAUCUGAGGAGAAGCAAGGCAUGAUUUUGAAUUCUGCAGCACGGGUGCAACCAAUUAAGCCUAACAACAUUCAUCAAAAUUCGGCAACAGUGGCAUCAACCAGUUCUGUUGUUGGGGUGUAUUCCUCUUCAACAGAUCCAGUUCAUGUGCCCUCUCCUGAUUCCCGAUCAUCAGGUGUUGUUGGAGCCAUUAAGCGUGAAGUUGGAGUUGUUGGUGUUCGGCGACAGUCUGCAGACCACAAAGUGAAACAGUCAUCUGUUCCUAGUAGUUCUUACGAUAAUUCUCUUGUGGGAAAAGAUGGUACAUCUGCAGACUCAUUUCAAUCAGUUGGUGCCAUCUCGAAGACUGAACAAUUUAGUCGAACUAAUGUAACUGAACCUUCAUUCCCUGGCAUGACAGUUAGCAGGCCGUCCUUGAACAAUCAAUAUAAUAGUAGGCCACAUCAACAACCCGCAGGACAUCAGAGAGUUUCCCAGCAGAAUAAAGAGUGGAAACCUAAAUUAAGUCAGAAGUCGAACAGCAAUACUCCCGGAGUGAUUGGAACUCCUAAAAAAGCUGCUUCACCUCCCGCUGAAAAUUCUAUAGAUAUAGAAUCAGACGCUGCAGAGAUUGAAGAUAAAAUUUCCCAAUUAAAUAUAUAUGAUACCCAAAAUGUCAUCAUAGCACAGCAUAUUCGAGUUACGGAAACUGAUCGCUGUCAGCUGACCUUUGGUACCAUUGGGACAGAACUUGAUUCUUCGAUGCAUCAAUCGAAGUAUCCAUUAAUAGAAGCUGCUGAAUCAAGUGAAGAAUCGACUGCAAGCUUGACAGUAUCUGCUCCAGAGUUGUCCACUGAUGAUGUUCCUGGGAGCAAACAGAUAGACUUACGGGAUGAUAACAUUAGAAGUACUGGGUCGAACUCUCCAGCAUCUGGUGCUACUUCUGAGCAACAAUUGCCUGAUAACAAAGACUCCUCAAGCCCUCAGAAUCUGGACAGUUAUGCCAGUAUUGGGUUGGUACGUGAUAGAAGUCCGUCCUAUGCACCUUCAGAGUCACAGCAGCAAGAUUCCCAUGAUAUGCCGGGCUUCUCGGCAUACGAUCCUCCAACUGGUUAUGACAUUCCUUAUUUCAGACCCACAAUGGAUGAAACUUUAAGAGGGCAGGGUUUGUUAUCUUUUCAGGAGGGUUUGAGCUCCCAUGCUGCCAAUAGUAUUCCUGCAUCCUCAAUUGCUAUGGUGCAACAGCAACCUCCUGUGGCUCAGAUGUAUCCACAAGUUCAUGUUUCACAUUUUGCUAACCUUAUGCCAUAUCAUCGUCAGUUUCUGUCCCCGGUCUAUGUUCCACCUAUGGCCAUGCCUGGAUAUUCAAGUAAUGCUCCUUAUCCUCACCCAACAAAUGGCAACAGUUACUUGUUGAUGCCUGGAGGUGGUUCCCAUCUUAAUGCCAACAGCCUUAAAUAUGGAGUUCAGCAGUUCAAGCCUGUCCCUGCUGGAAGCCCUACAGGGUUUGGAAAUUUUGGUAAUCCAACUGGCUAUGCCAUGAUAUCUCCUGGUGUGGUUGGGGGUGCAACGGCUUUAGAAGAUUCAUCUCGAGUCAAAUACAAAGAUAAUCUCUAUGUCCAAAAUCCUCAGGCUGAGACAUCAGAAAUCUGGUUACAGAAUCCAAGGGAUCAUCCUGGCAUGCAAUCUACUCCAUACUAUAACUUGCAGGGGCAAACGCCUCAUGCGGCGUACAUGCCUUCGCACACCGGUCAUGCUUCCUUCAAUGCAGCUGCAGCUCAGUCUUCACACAUGCAAUUCCCUGGUAUGUAUCAUACUCCUCCACAGCCAGCUGCUAUUGCUAGUCCUCAUCAUCUAGGACCAGCAAUUGGCAAUAACGUUGGAGUUGGGGUGGCUGCAGCUGCUCCUGGAGGACAGGUUGGUGGAUAUCAGCAGCCCCAAUUGAGCCACCUGAAUUGGACAACAAAUUUCUGAACGGGAUAAAAAAAAAAAAGUGGAAUCUAACCCUUUGUGUAUAAGGGACUGAAGUAGAUAUAGAAAAAUCGCAGUUUUCAUUGUGAAAUGAAUGACUUAACUUAUGUUCUUUUAACAAAAUGCAUUGAGAGGCAUUAAAUUUUCAAUCUCCUUUGUUUGCAGAGUAGGUUUGGGGAUUAUUCUGAGUUUUGACUUCAGAAAGUUAAAUUUCAGUGAUUCCUAAAACCCCUUCUUUCAGAUAAUGCUGAAAGGCUUUCCCUAACAGGAUGUGCUGUGUUUUUAAUGAUAUAUCUGGCGAUAAUAACCCUUAAGUCACUUGUAAUAAAGUCU